UGAUUUUUUAUAUGUAUAUAUAGAUCCAUGAAUCAAAGAAACAGCUCCAAGAAUUUAAGAGUCAAAAUAAGAUGAUAUCCAAUGAAGCAGCCAUGUAUAGGGAUAACAUCAAUAGAUUUGACUGGAAAAAUAACCACUUAAACAGCAUGCUUCAAAAUGCACAUGUUGUAUUGGAAUCUCAAAGAGCUAUGAAUGUCAAGAAUCAGGAUUUGUCAGAAGUGAACGCUGGAACUGAGAGAUCAGAAUGGAAUGACCUGAGAUCUCGUAAACACAACCAGGAAGAAAUGAAAAGGAAGCUGGAAGAAAGUUGUAGCAGGCUGAGAUCUCUGCAGAAAAACAAAAAAGUGGAACUCAGACAACUGAAGAAUAAAAAUUACUUCUUGUUGACAUUAUAUCAACAGAAAAAUGCCAAGAUAGAAAAGAAGCUAAAAAGGAAACAACAAGAAAGAGUCAAACUGGAGAGUCAACUAUGUACAUCAAAGGAUUUGCUGGAAUCACUUGAAGAUGAGAUAAAAAAGUACAAGCAACAAGCUGAGGAAAUUCAAAACCAACUCUCACAAGCAGAUUCCACUUUCCAGAAGCAGAUUAAAUCUGGUGAGAGAAAGUUGGAGUUGGCUGAACGGGUCAUGGAAGACACCUACAUGAGACUCAGGAGUAUCCACUGAUGAUGGACCCUGAGCCACGCCAAGCAAUUAGUGAGAAAUUACAUCAGGUCUGCAUUCAUAUCUGAACAUUUUCCUGCCCAGUCCUGCU